CUAGAAACUAAAUGUGUCUUCAAAAAGCGGCCAUACUCCCACCACUGAAAUUAGAGGUAGUUUCCAGACCUGUAUGUAAGACCAUGAUUACGAUACUACUCAUUACUGUACCACCACUGUACAAGAUUCAAAGGAGAAAACUACUUCAUGUGCACAACGUACAUCCUGAACUAUGUAGUCAACGUCCAGAAAUUUGUUCGGUUGAUAAAUCUUUAUCGAUAGUGGAUAAAUAUUUCGAGUCAAUGCAUUGUUAAAGUUUGCGAAAAUAGAUACCUAGGUGGCGCACGUUUAAAAUAUUUCCUCGUUUUAUGUUUUGUAAUUAUUACAUUGCAGCCAAUAUAGUUAUACAUAAUUAAAACAGCGAUAAGCGAUAAAUAAUAACAGAACGUUAGAAGAAUAUUAUUUCGUCCAUUAUAUAUCAUGUCAGUUUAAACUGGAUCUUCCAAUUUACAAAUCGUCGUCGCACGUGCACUUAAUCUAACCUUCAAGUGUUUCGUGACACAUUUCAAGAUCGCAGUGAAUAAUCGCAUUAUUUUCGUGUUAUUUUCGGCGAACAUGGUCGUGCCGUGUGCGGACAUUAUCGAAGAUAUCGAGGAUCUGAUCGCGUCGCAAGACAUAACGCCCAAGGAGAGAUACAGCUCGAGGAAGCGCGUUACGAUACGACCGAAACGACAGCAGCAGCUGCAGGAAGACGUGCCACAACCGCGUGACUUAUCGAGCGUGAUACCCGGCACGCAGACGAUCUAUGUAAAGACAUGGGGAUGUACGCAUAACAGUUCGGACACCGAGUAUAUGGCUGGUCAGUUGGCGGCAUAUGGUUACAAUUUGACGGAUGACAAGCUCAAGGCGGGCCUGUGGCUCCUAAAUUCGUGUACCGUGAAGAGUCCUGCGGAGGAUCAGUUCAAGAAUGAGAUUAAUCAUGGCAAAAAAAUGGGCAAACACAUCGUGGUCGCUGGAUGUGUGCCACAAGGUGCUCCAAAGUCCUCCUUCCUGCAGGGAUUGAGCAUAAUCGGCGUGCAACAGAUCGACCGAGUGGUCGAAGUCGUGGAGGAAACUUUGAAAGGUAACACGGUGAGGUUUCUGCAUCAAAAGAAGGACGCUGGCAAGAAGGUGGGCGGUGCCUCUCUGAGCUUACCAAAGGUGCGGCGAAAUCCGCUGAUCGAAAUCAUAGCAAUAAACACGGGCUGCUUGAAUCAGUGCACCUACUGCAAGACGAAGCACGCGCGCGGAGAACUGGGCAGUUAUCCACCAGCAGAGAUAGUGGAGCGAGCUAGGCAGGCGUUUGACGAGGGCAUAUGCGAGUUAUGGUUGACGUCAGAGGACACCGGUGCUUACGGUCGCGACAUCGGUACCAGCUUACCGGAAUUGUUGUGGCAACUGGUGAACGUGAUCCCCGAGGGCUGCAUGAUGCGCGUUGGUAUGACCAACCCACCAUACAUUCUGGAGCACUUGGACGAGAUGGCUAAGAUCCUACGACAUCCACGAGUCUAUGGUUUCCUGCACGUCCCAGUGCAGUCGGGCAGCGAUCAAGUGUUGGCCGAUAUGAAGCGCGAGUACACGCGCGCCGAAUUCGAGCACGUGGUGAAUUUCCUAAGUGAGCGGGUACCGGGUUUGACCAUAGCCACGGACAUCAUCUGCGGUUUUCCCACGGAGACCGAGGCGGACUUCGAGGAAACGAUGACGCUCUGCCAGAAGUACAGGUUUCCGAGUCUGUUUAUCAAUCAGUUCUUUCCUCGACCAGGUACACCCGCCGCUAGGAUGCCGAAGGUGCCUGCGCAGCAGGUGAAGGCGAGAACGAAACGACUAUCCGAGUUCUUCCAGUCGUACGAGCCUUAUGGUCACAAAGUGGGACUGGUGCAGAAAGUGCUGGUGACGGAAAUAUCGCACGAUAAACGACAUUACGUAGGUCACAAUAAAUUUUAUGAACAAGUGCUGGUCCCCAUGAGGGAGAAGUACAUGGGAAAGAUGAUUGACGUGAGGAUCACGGAAGCAACGAAGUUUUCCAUGAAGGGAGAACCGAUUAGCGAAGGCGUGUCACCAGCACUGAAGUCUCCUCUACCAUUGGGAAUCGUUUCUGGAAUGCCAGUACAGACAAAACCGACGUCGAAAUACACGCUAGCGACGUUUAUGGCGAUAUUCUUUGCUGUGAUAUUUAGGAUACUAUGGAAAUUUUUUAUUUAAAAACGUAUGUGCACAAUUUAUCUUAUAAGAUAUUUUUUCAAGUUAUUUAAAGAUUAUGUAAAUUUAUUAUAUAGAUACUGAGAGAUCAUGCAAUAUAACAUUACAUGAACUAGAAUCUUGUACAGCAGAAUAAAUAAGAAAUUAAGUAGAAUUUUAUAACA